AUUAAUUAUUGACUGAUAUCGAAUUUGGCACUGCGCAUAACUCCGAAUUAUCCUACGUUGUUGCCCGUGGUCCGUCAGGCCCAGGCUGUUAUCCCCCAUUCCUUCCUUGCCGCAUCCAAACUUCAUCUUUCUAUUCCAUCGAAAUGCCUCCCAAAGCCGCUUCCCGACGAGGUGCGUCGUCAGCGCCUGCACGAAACACCGAUGGCAGUGGCUCAGAGGCUAGCGCCACCCCUAAUACCUCCGCAAGCCCUGCGCCAGCAUCUACGACGCCUACACCAGGCACUACAGCACGAGCACCGGUGCAACGUCUACAGUCCCUCAAGAAACGCACACCAACUGGGAGCAUUGGGCCCGGACCUGGUCCUUCCAGUAUAGGACAUGGUACGGGCGAGCCUUCGAAACCGACAUUGAAGUAUAAACCACGCGCAGUGGGGCGGCGCAGCAAAGAAGAACGAGAGGCUAUUGAGAAACUUGAAGCUGAGCGGCAUGCUGAGCGGUUGGCAGAGGCUGCAGCAAUCCAGCGCGGAAAGGCGAGCCUCGCAGCGCGGGGACGGGCGGGAUUCUCUGGACGUGGACGUGGCGGCCCAAUGGGAAUGGCUGGUGCUGCCGGGCCAUUAGGCUCUGGAUUUGCUGGGCGAAGGGGCCGUGGUGGUUCGAGGUUUGGAGGUGGGGAUUCUAGGGCAACGUCAAUGUCGCGGAGGAGCAAGUCGAUGACGGCGGCCCUUGGGGGUGGUUCUGCUUCGUCCGACGAAAGCGACGGAGAGAUCAGGGUCAGUAUCGACAGGAUCAACUUGGAAAGCGACGCCGAUGACGACGAUGACGAUGCGCUACUGGAGAAGAAGAAGAGGCAGCGGAAGGGAAAAAUUGCUCUUGGGAGCGUAAGGGAGGCAGGCUUACGCCCGAUCCGCGUCGAGAGACAUGAGCACGAGGAACGGGUGGUCAGCGUGAAUAUGGAGUCUAGUACAGCCAAGUCCGCUGAACUCCGACAGCAGGCGAAGGAGAAAGCCAAGGAUGAUGCGCUGUUUGUGCAGGAUGACGAUGAGACACCUACGGAGGAACCUCAGGUGAAACAGGAGCCUACAGACAAUGAUCAGGCAAUGACCGAUGUCCCACAUGCAGAGGAACCCGUUACAACUGAUGACGGACUAUUACCUGCACCGAAGGUGAAGGUGCGGCGGAAGCUGGGCUCAAGGGAACCAUCUGUGCCUGUAGUAAAGGACCCGAAGAGCUUGUUGCGGACGAAGGAGGAUAUUGAAGAAUACGAUCGACAUGCAGAAGAUCUGGAACUUAUUAAGGAUCUAUUCACAAAGGAGCCUCCUGCCACACCAGCUGAAGCUACGGAAGGCGUCGAGCCUGCAGAGGGCGCUGAAACUACGGCUGAUGACACAGAGAAGGAAAAGAAAGGGGAUGCUGAAGACGGGGAAGAGCCCCAGGACGAUAAACUCACCGGCCAGCUCUUCCUGAUGCAAUUCCCACCCAUUACCCCGAAUCUCAUUGAACCCAACGCGGAUGGGACACUUCCUGAUAGCGAAGCUACGAUGAUACCCGAUCCCGCUGCGUCUCAAGGCGUGGGGCAGACCGGGGUAUCCAAUGAAGGGCAAAGGGAAACCCCAGUCUUCAAGCGCGAGGAUGAUGUCGAAGUACUCGACGGACAGGAUGAGACUAUUACGACAGCCACGCAAUCCAAGGUUGUCACGGCAGCGGACUGGCAGCUUAAGGCCGGACAAGCCGGUAAGCUCAAUGUGCACGCUUCCGGCCGGGUGACCAUGGACUGGGGCGGGAUCAGCUUCGAACUGGACCGCGCAACGGCAGUUGAUUUUCUGCAGGAAGCGCUGAUCGUGUCAACGCCGCCGAAUGUGACAGAGGAGAUGCCUGACGAUGAGCACAAGGUCUGGGCUAUGGGACAACUAAGCGGCAAGUUUACUGUGACCCCAGAUUGGAGCAAGAUACUGUGA